AUGGCAGCAGCAGCAGCAGCAACAGCUGAGCCGAAGAACGAUGGACCCGCGCUAGCGCCGUUCGCAACACUUUCCAUCCUGCAGCUCAUCAAAGAUGCGCAACAGAAGCACGGGCUUCGCCAUGGCGACUACCAGCGAUAUCGGGGUUAUUGCGCACGUCGUAUACGAAGAAUUCGCAGAUCUCUUGGCUUCACACAUUUGCACAAAGGUGUCCCGAAGCAUUCGGCGAAGUUUUUCCAGAGAAAGCUGGUCACUGAAGUUGUUACGGAACAAAGAUACUUGCAAACAGCGCUUUUUGAUGCCGAGAGGAACUGGGCGUUCGCGAUGCAGCUGAAACAGGAGAUGGGCGAAGAUCUGCACUCAAGGAAGCGCUUCCACAUGAUCGCAAAGAUACGACGCGCGGCCAAACAUUCAUCGAUUCUUGAAAGCGUCGUGCGAAGCUGCGACCGUGUGGACGCAGUAACAAGACUCGAAGCUCAAGCAUACAAUGCUUGGGUGAACGGUUCUCUUCGAUUUGAACAGAAGCAGUGGAAAGGAGCUUUGGAUUGUCUCAAAACUUCUAAGUAA